AUGUACCGCACCCCCUUUCCCAUCCGUCGCCACCCGCAUCCACCGUUCACCCCCUUCCCAGUCGUCGGAUCCAGGCAGGAGGCCGAGCCCCGGCGGCGGAGGGCCGCGUCCCGGCAGGCUAGAGGCCGCACCCCCAACGGGCGAGGGCCACGCCCCGGUGGGCAGCAGGUUGCAACCCUCCAAAACCCGACGAGCCUCGAGGCACGGGCAGCCGAUGCCGCCGCGCAAGCAAUAGGACAGCCUCGACAUGACGACGCCCUAGUGAUGCGGUCGUCGGAUCUCGUGGAGGAGGAUGUGGGUCGUCGUCCGCUAGGUCUGCAUCUAUCUAUGAACAACGGCGACAUCAAGGGAAUCUUGGAAAAUCCUAAAGGUAUAGUUAGUUAUUUAAACAAGAAGGGUGUCUCCGUGAUAUUUCUGUUCAAGAGGAAGACACUGCGUAGGCUUAUAUCUGUGUUGGCCAACGACUAUGACAAAGAUGCAAAGCAGUUGAAUGAAACUCACAAGUCUCAUGUUCACUCAAAAGAAGAGGAUGGGAGUUUUACCUAUAACCACUGUUUGCUCUUGAUUCUUAACUCUGCACUUUUUGCUUACGGCACGGCGAUUGAUUUCACCUGCAGAGGAUUUCUGAGCAGAGGAGUUGGAACAGCCAUGGGCAACUCUUGCGUCACUGGUGCCUCUCCUGCACUGCUGGGAAAGACCCAUGAUCCAGCUUUCAAAUGGAAGUUCUAUGGCUUCUCAGCUCUACUUGAUAGGGGGGCUGUAUCAACCAAUUCUGCCAUUUUUCGCUGUUGUGGAUAUGGUUGGUUCCUGCAAGUGAGCCCAAUGCAUAAAAAAUCUGGUCACAAGACUCCACAUAUUGCUCUUUUGCUCUCGGUGCACCAAAACGACUUAAAGGCAGGUGACAUCUUGAGCGCUGUGUUCGAGUUGUCAAUGUACAACCAUUCAAAAGGGACAUAUCAUGGAUGCAAAGCUAGCUACCACUUCAAUAUCAAGAACAAGCGAUCAGAGAAAGAAUGCUUGAUUCCUCUUGAAGAACUACUGAAAUCAUCUGAUUUUCUGGUUGAUGAUAGCUGUGUCUUUGGUGUGAGGAUAUUAAAGGCACAUGUCUCUUCUCAGAAUAAGCCUAUUGUGAUUCCAAAGAAGCCUAUCACAGUUCAGAACAUCUUCCUCCAGAAAAAGGGGUUCAUCAAAGGAACCUACACCUGGACCAUGAACAACUUCCUUGACAUGAAGGUCCCAGUCUGUUCUCCUGCAUUUGAAGCUGGUCGGCAUAAAUGGUACAUCAACAUGUACCCACUUGGUGACCAAUACAGCACCAAUUCACUUUCCCUCUACUUACACCUGCAUGAUCUGAACAAGAUCCCUCUUGAGACUGGGAUGGUGAUUGAACUGACUCUCUCCAUCUUGGACCAGAAGCAUGAGGGGCACUACACAGUUACAGGCCGCUUCGUGUUUGGAGUUGCAGCAAAGAUUGGCUGGGGAUGGUCCAACUUCAUUCCACUCAAGACACUCAUGGAUCCAUUUAGCUGCUAUAUUGUGGGAUCAAACUGUAUGCUGAAGGCAGAUGUCACCAUCAUCGGGUCAUCCAAUGACGGUUAG